CAUGUAUGACUCAGAUGUCCCUGGACAAAUAUACAUACAGGAUGAACCCCUUGCAUUUCUGGGUUUAAGAAAAGUUUUUAUUUUUUUAAAAAAGACAAACUGGUGACCGAGGUCGCUACCGGCUAGGGGUUCUGUUUGGCCUGAUCUGUUUGAAAUUUUUACCAUUUGCUUAUAUGCUAUGUAUUUCCUCCACCCACCCCGAUGACAGCAAAGCCAGCCCACAAGUUUGUUUUGUUUUUGCCUAGUGAUUCAGAUUUCUUUGGGGGAGAUUUGUUGUUGAUAAACAAAACAUCGUGCUUAUUUCCUGCCUUGCCAAGCAUUGGCCAAUAUAGACUGUAGAAUCUAUUACCCUUAAUGGAACAGCCUGGCAUUGUAGAAGACGAAAUUUGCAUGAAAACACACAGGCAUUUUCCAUGAAAAGGUGUGAGUGGGGGAUGAUUUGAUCGAUAACUGUGUGUGCAUUUACUCCUUCAUUAAAAGUGUUUAUUAAGUGCUUCUUGUGGGCAGCGGUCUUGAGUAGACAGUUAUGCUAUCAUUAGAGGUGAGGAUUAUGAAGACUAAGUGGAAAAAUGCUUCCAGUGUGGAGUUAAACGGAGAAAAUCAACAGAAUGCAAAUAGCUUCUGCGAGGUGAUUACAGUUCUGGGAGGAAGAAGGCCCAGAAGCACACCAAAUACUGACAGUGGCAUGUGGGCACAUUCCAUGACAGUACAGGAUUAUCAGGAUCUCAUAGACCGAGGAUGGCGAAGAAGUGGAAAAUAUGUGUACAAACCUGUCAUGAAUCAAACAUGUUGUCCUCAGUACACAAUAAGGUGCCGACCUUUACAGUUUCAGCCUUCAAAAUCUCACAAGAAGGUUUUGAAAAAAAUGUUGAAAUUUCUGGCUAAAGGGGAGAUUCCCAAAGGAAGUUGUAAGGAUGAGCCCAUGGAUUCCACAGUGGAUGAUGCUGUUGUGGGUGACUUUGCAUUGAUAAAUAAAUUGGAUAUACAGUGUGAUCUUAAAACGCUCAGUGAUGACCUCAAAGAGAGUUUAGAGAGUGAAGGAAAAAACUCCAAGAAAGAAGAACCUCAUGAAUUACUUCAGUCACAAGAUUUCGUAGGAGAGAAGUUGGCCUCUGGUGAACCAUCACAUUCAGUUAAAGUUCACACAGUUCCUAAGCCAGGCAAAGGGGCUGAUUUGAGUAAGCCUCCCUGUCGAAAAGCAAAGGAAAUCCGGAAAGAAAGGAAAAGGUUAAAACUCAUGCAGCAGAACCCAGCUGGAGAACAUGAGGGUUUCCAGGCUCAAGGUCAGCCACCAUCUUUGUUUCCAGCAAAGGCUAAAUCCAACCAGCCCAAAGCACUCGAAGAUUUAAUUUUUGAAUCUUUACCAGAGAAUGCAUCACACAAGUUAGAGGUGAGGGUGGUGAGAUCAUCUCCACCAAGUUCGCAGUUCAAAGCCACACUUCUGGAGUCUUACCAGGUCUAUAAACGUUACCAGAUGGUUAUUCACAAGAACUCACCUGAUACGCCAACUGAGAGCCAGGUGAGGUUAGUACCUGUCUCCUUUGAGGACCCAGAGUUCAAGUCGUCCUUCAGCCAGUCCUUUUCUUUGUAUGUCAAGUAUCAAGUGGCCAUACACCAGGAUCCGCCUGAUGAGUGUGGGAAGACUGAGUUCACAAGAUUCCUUUGCACUUCACCUUUAGAGGCAGAGACUCCCCCUAAUGGGCCAGAUUGUGGCUAUGGCUCAUUUCACCAGCAGUACUGGCUUGACGGAAAGAUCAUUGCUGUGGGGGUGAUUGACAUCCUCCCAAACUGUGUAUCAUCUGUAUAUUUGUACUACGAUCCUGAUUAUUCGUUUUUGUCUUUGGGCGUCUACUCUGCACUACGAGAAAUUGCUUUUACUCGGCAACUCCAUGAGAAAACUUCUCAGCUCAGCUAUUAUUAUAUGGGUUUCUACAUUCAUUCAUGUCCCAAGAUGAAAUAUAAGGGUCAGUACAGACAUUCAGCCCUAAUGAAGGUUGCAACUUAGGGGGACACAGAUAAUUAUAAUAUAGUAUAUUAAAUGGUACCAGGUGACAACUGAAACUAGAUUAAUGUUUCAUUUGGAUUUUCUUGUGCAGAUGUGUACAUGUAAGUUACAAUCUUCACCAUAUAUUUAUUGUAUGAUGUAAAGCAAAUUAAAGUAUUGAAUAGCAGGUCUGAAAUAACACAAAAGAGCUAAUCUACCUGCUCUUUUUUGUUGAGUAAUGAGCUAUCACAAUGGCACGCUGAAAUGAUGUGUCUGUUUUUAUGUGUAGUGAGCCCCGUGUUUUGGUGGAUGGUUUUCAAAGCUGUCCACCAUCAGGGCCUCUCAUCUCUGUGCAUGCUGCUCAACCCAUCAGCAGUCUAGGCUGUUUUCCUCAUCCUUGAUUGGACUGAUCUGAUGGCUUGCACGGACUAAUGGGUAGCCUGGAAGAAACUGUCUGAGACUUCUGAUCUCAGGCCUUAAGAGGUCUGGCAGCUUUCACUUUCUGUGUCUUUGGAGCUAGCCAUCAUAGUACCCUCCUGGAGAGAGAGACCACCAUAUGAGGCCUGAAUCCAUCUUGGGUGUUUCAGCUCACCCAAGCUGAAUGCAUCUGCAUGAUUGAGCUUGAGAGAGACCAGAAGAAAACGCACCUGGCUAAGCUGUAGCCAACCCACAGAAUCAUGAGGAAUAAUAAGUUAUUGUUUAAGGUCACUAACUUUUUGGGUGGUUUCUACUCAGCCAUGGAUGACUGAAACACAUGGUGUAGGUGUGGAAGUCACACCUUCAUUCUCUGUUGUGCUGUGCAGGCUCAUGUCUUGAAUUGAGCUGAAUGGACCUCAGUGGUUUCUGAUGGCUUCAUGUAAGAGUAUUGGCAAAGUAAUUUAAUUUCCAUUUGCAGUCAUGCCUAGAGAUGUGCUCAUUGGGCUUAUGAGAAUUUGUCUUUAUAAGACAUUUCAUUUAAUAUCCUGACAUGAGCCUACAAAGUAUCUUAACAUGCUGACAAAUUUUGAUUUUGCUUGCCUUGCUAAUGGUGAGCACCACAAGAGGAAAACCAGUAUGUGGUCAUCUUCAUAGUAUAUAAACAGGAUGCAUUACAAUAAAUUCUCCUCCCUAAGGAAGUUUGCUAAUUUGUAGUAAUUAUAUUCUUGUGCAUCAUAUUAUCUAAAAUGUUUUUAUUGAAUUUUUUGGUUUUACUGUUCAGUAGGUAUGGGUUUUAAAUAAAGGCUGAUUCACAUUGUA